AGACAAAGUUAUCCUAACGACAAGACAGCAUCAAUCCCGAGUGGCCAACAACAGGCGAGGGGCUUCUUUCUACGCCGGAUUUGCAACUUUAACCUCCAGUUUUAUAAACUCAUUGUAAAACUGACCUUGAAAUCAACUAAUAAUAAUCAAGGUGCGACCAAACAGCACAACAGAACAGCACAGCCUCACCAAAUGGACCAGCGCUCACACAGCGCUUUUUCCCCAUUUCCUUUACUCUUUUCCUUUCCUUAUUUCUCUUUACACUUUUUCCUUUUUACACUUCACUUUACUUCUUCUCUUUGUUCCUUCACUUUUCUCUAUUACCUUUAACUACCGAAUUCCCUAGGCCCAGGGUGUUCUCCCCCAAAUUUAGACUAUUACACUUAUUCCUCAAGGCCCAAGUUUCACACUGUGGCGAAUGGAAAACACAUGACUUAAUGUUAACGAGAUAAAAAGUACCCUAAUCUGCGUUACGCUUGCAUGGUGUCAAUCAAUCCCACUUCUAGUGUUACUCCUAGGGUGUUAACUUCUUCUUAACUCUAUUUACUCUUUUCUACUGUUUUUCCCUUUAUUCUACCAUACUCCCCCCUGUUGUGGCGUAUUACAACGCAACAAAACAAAAUUUAGAACGAAGAGGCAAACCUACAACCAAGACAGCAUGACACACCCACACAAAGCUCUUUAACGGUGCGACCAAACAGCACAACAGAACAGCGCAGCCUCACCGAAUGGACCAGCGCUCACACAUGUGAGAAAAACUCACCCUUUUCUGUCGACAAUAGGAGCGGAGGUAGAUGCGCUGAGGCGGUCGACUGCACGUCGAGACUUUCUACAGGUUUGUGUUCAGGAUGGCCUCCAGUUUUGUACCUGGUGCUAACACAAGAAAUGGCUUCACCAUCGUGACUCAAGUGGUUCCAGCUGGAAUGGAUCAGUAUGGCCCCGGGACUGGAGGCGGAGACGUCACUGGAGGCCCAGUUAAAAAACCUCUGAAAGGAGAGCCAAAGGCACUGGGGACUGUCCAGAUAAUGAUCGGGAUCAUGACACUCUUCUUCGGUAUAGUUAAAACGGUCUAUUCACCACAUGUGGGAGUCUACAGCGGUGUCACCUACUGGGGAUCAUGUCUUUAUAUCACCUCAGGUGCUUUAUCUGUUGCUGCAGGCAACAAAGCUAAUACCUGUGUGGUGAGAAGCUCCCUGGUGAUGAACAUAAUCAGUGCUGUGGCUGCAGGAAUAGCCAUGGUUCUGCUGUCUUUUGACAUUGCCUUACAGGAAAUUUAUGGAUAUUAUAGCUGUUCAUAUGACAAUCGUUGGAGUGACCAGUGUGCAACUUUCCUCCAGUUAAGGGGCCAAUCAAGUGGAAUCAGUGGAGUGCUGCUGGUGUUCUCUCUGUUCGAGUUCAUCAUCUCCAUCUGCAGUUCUGCGUUCAUCUGCAAAGCCACCUGCUGCAAUGAAUCUCCAGUCCAGACCGUGUAUUGCCGCAACACUCCUGAAACUCACAAUCUGGCCGAAAAUGUUUAAAGCUUUAAAAUAAAUUUCAAAGAGGAAGAUAUUUUUCUAAACAAAUUCCUCUUAUGUUUACCUGUUGAGUUCUGUUG